CGCGGGGCCCUCCAAACACUCUCGGCUACGUUGAGGUGACGUAUUACUGUUGUCGAUAUCUGUGGCUCACCUGGAGCUGGUCGUUGAUAAUCACUUAAAUUCUCAGGGUUUGUGGUUGCACCCGCCUGGAAGCGGCUGCGUUGUCGCAAGAUGGGGAAGCUUAUCAGACUUGAGCUUUUCAACUUCAAAUCAUACAAGGGACACCAUGUCCUUCUGUUUGGCGAUGCAUACUUCACUUCGAUCAUUGGACCCAACGGGUCUGGGAAAUCAAAUUCGAUGGAUGCGAUCUCGUUCGUUCUAGGAAUUAAAUCGUCCCAUCUGCGAUCAACAAAUCUCCGUGACCUGGUUUACCGCGGCCGUGUCUUGCGCACAUCUAAAGUCGACGCCGAUGGAAAUGCGGAAGCACCGAAUGGCACGGAUGAGCAAGAAGAUGGAGCGGAUGUCGAAGAUCCCCAGGAUUCAAGCGGAUUAAACGACCCAAAGACGGCUUGGGUUAUGGCGGUCUACGAGGAUGAUGCGGGCGAGGAACAGCAAUGGCGAAGAUCCAUCACGAGCUCGGGUGUCAGCGAAUACCGAAUCAACAACCGAACCGUGACGGCGCAGCAGUACAACGAGGCACUAGAGGCAGAGAACAUCUUGAUCAAGGCGCGCAACUUCCUCGUCUUCCAGGGUGAUGUUGAGGCGAUUGCGUCGCAGUCUCCAAAGGAUCUUACGCGAUUGAUCGAGCAGAUUUCGGGCAGUCUGGAAUACAAAGCUGAGUACGAGCGCCUGAAGGCUGAAGCCGAGGAAGCUGCGGACCAACAAACUGUCCAACUCAAUCGUCGGAGAGGUAUCAAUUCUGAAAUUAAGCAGUACCAAGAGCAGAAGCGGGAAGCCGACAACUACUCGAGGAAGGCCGAGGAGCGCGACCAGGCUAUCAUCACUCAUAUCUUGUGGAAGCUCUUCCAUUUCCAACGCCUUAUCGACGAUUCCAGCGCAGACAUUCAGAAGUACCAGGACGAACUGAGAGAAUACCGCCGUGGGGUUGAGAAAUAUGAGAACAAUGUUGAAGACGCCAAGAAAGACCACGCGAGAGUCGGCAGGGAUGUUAUGAAGGCCGAGAAGAAUAUAACAAAGAAAGAAAAGGAGAUUGAAGAGGCGCACAACUCAUUGAUUCCCGUUGACGAAAAGGUCGACAUCACCAUGAAAAAGGUUGAGAAAUAUGCCUCGCGAAUCGCCGAGAUUGGCAAGGAGCGUGAGUCUCAGUCCGCCAACGCAAAGCAGCUGGAGAAGGACCUCAAGGUUGUUGAAAAGGCCCAGGCUCAGUGGGAAGCGGAAUGGCAAAAGACAAUCAGCAAACAGGGCCGCCAUCUAAGCGCAGCUGAUCAGGAAGAAUACAACAAGCUCAAAGAAGAAGUCAGCCGUCGAUCCUCUGCUGAGCAACUGAAUUUGGACAACCUGCGUCGCCAAAGGAAAACGGAGGCUGAGGCUGUCAACAGUCUGAAGAGCAAAUUUGAAGGUACUGAGUGGCAGCUGAAGAGCCUCGAGUCUGACACGCAGACUUUGGAUGAGCGCAAGUCGUCUAUCAACGAUGUCAUCAAAACUUCGUCCAAGGAUAUCGAUCGAAAGAAGAAAGAGCUUAAUGCCCUUACUUCCGAACGGCUGCGUGUCUCCCAAAUGAGAACAGAGCUCGAGGAGAAGCUUCAGGUCGUCUUGAAGAAGCUGCUUGAGGCUGACAAUGGCAAGAAGCAAAAUGAAAAGGAGCUCAGGGCUAAAGAGUUGAUCUCAACCUUGAAGCGCAUUUUCCCAGGCGUCAAGGGUCGGGUCAGUGACCUCUGCAGGCCCAAGCAAAAGAAGUUUGCCGAAGCCGUUAGCACGGUACUUGGUCGACACUUUGACGCUAUUGUUGUUGACAAUGAAAAGACGGCCAAGGAAUGCAUCCAGCACCUGCGCGAUCAGCGAGCAGGCCAGGCUACUUUCAUUCCUCUUGAGACCAUUCAGGUGAAGACUUUUAACUCUAACUUGAAGGGCAUGCACCGGGGGAUGCGACCUGCAAUUGAAACAGUGGAUUACGACGAUUCUGUUGCCAGGGCUAUCAGCUACUCUUGCGGAAACGCCAUUGUAUGCGACGAUCUGGCGACCGCCAAGUAUCUUUGCUACGAUAGAAACUUGGAUGCCAAGGCAGUAACUCUCGAUGGAACUGUGAUCCACAAGGGCGGUCUUAUGACUGGUGGUCGUGGCCCUCAGCAGAACUCGAAGCGCUGGGAAGACUCCGAGGUUGAAAAUCUUUACAAGCUCAAGGACAAGUUGAUGGCCGAUCUCGCCAAUUUGCCCAAGGGCCACCGCAGAGGUACCGAGGAGGAGGCCUUGCAAGGCGACCUGGUUGGUCUGGAACAACGCCUCGCCUAUGCCCGGGAGGAGCUGAAGGCUCUUGAGAGAAAUCUUGAAAGCAAGCGAAGCGAAUUGGACUUUGUUAAGCGCCAGCACGAAGAACUUAGACCCAAGUAUGUCGAAAGACAGGAGACUUUGGAUGAGCUUGAUGAAACCAUCACUACUUCCCAGGAGUCCGUCAGCAGUGUCGAAGACGAAAUUUAUCGCAAGUUCUGCAAGCGUCUCGGAUAUGACAACAUUCGUGAAUAUGAAGUGCAGCAAGGGUCGUUGCAGGAAGAAGCUGCGCAAAAGAAGCUUGAAUUUACAACACAAAAGAGCAGAAUCGAGAACCAGCUCAGCUUCGAAAAGCAGCGACUUCAGGCCACAAAGGACAGGAUCAGCAGUCUCCAAGCUCAGCACCAGCGUGAUGAGAGCUUGAUUGAGGAGCUCAAGCAAGAGCAGGAACAAAUCCGAAACCAGCUGGAUGAGUUCGAAGCUGAACUUGACAUCCUCCGAGAGAAGCUUCAAGAACAGAAAGAGGCCUACGGUCAAUCAAAUGAGAAUCUCGCGCAGCAGCGCAGAGAGCUUCAGAAACGCAGCAAGAAUGUCGAAGGGUCCUUGAAGAAUGUCAACACGCUGGAAGCCGAGAUCCAGCGCAACUCGUCCAGCCGUUAUGCUAUGCUCCGACGUUGCAAGCUUGAGGAUAUUGAUAUUCCCCUGAAGGAAAGCUCAAACUCCCUCGAUCAGCUCCCCAUUGAUGAUCUAGUCCAAGCAGCAGAUCCCGAUGCCAUGGACGUUGAAGAGACCGCCGGUGACGGAGGCCAGGUACAGGACUAUGGCAUCGAAGUUGACUUCGACUCUCUAGGAGAGACUCUCAAAGAGGAGGCCGAUGACAAACUUGAAGAAGAGCUGCUGGAGAAAGUCCGGACACUUAAUAGCGAGCUUGACAAGAUGGCACCAAACACACGUGCGAUGGAGCGUCUUGAGAAUGUGGAAAAUAAACUCCGGGGCACAGAAAAAGACUUUGAAGAAGCACGAAAGCAUUCUCGAAAGGCCAAGGAUGAUUACGAAGAAGUGAUGCAAAAGCGUUCGGAUUUGUUUAACAAAGCCUUCGCCCAUAUAUCUGAGCAAAUUGGUCCCAUCUAUCGGGAGUUGACAAGAAGUGCGAACUAUCCAUUGGGAGGACAAGCUUAUCUUGAUAUCGAGGACUCGGACGAGCCUUACCUCGACGGAAUCAAGUACCAUGCCAUGCCUCCCCUCAAGCGUUUCCGGGAUAUGGAGCACCUCUCCGGUGGUGAGAAGACCAUGGCUGCUCUUGCCCUUCUGUUUGCCAUUCACUCGUACCAGCCAUCGCCUUUCUUCGUCUUGGAUGAGGUUGAUGCUGCUCUGGACAACACCAAUGUUGCCAGAAUUGCCAACUACAUUCACGACCAUGCCGCGCCUGGUAUGCAGUUCAUCGUCAUCAGUUUGAAGACUGGUCUUUUCCAGAACAGUGAGGCCCUGGUCGGAAUCUUCAGAGAUCAGUCUGAAAACAGCAGCAAGUCUCUGACGCUUGAUCUUCGGAAAUAUCAAUGAUCGCUUUAUCAAGCGGCACAGGGGCUUCUUUUAUUACAUUCUAGUGGUGUGUGUAGAAUAGUGGUUUCUUAUCUUUUGCCUGUUUUCAGCCCUUUAGGGUAUAUGGCAUUUCAUUCUUGAUACGGGUUGAUGGAAAUUCAUUGGUUAUAUGUUGCUACUGGCAAUCGAAUCAGUUUAUGUGUAAUAUGUUUUUAUUUCUGCUAAUGGAAGCUUCAUGAUCGAUAUCCUACUACUUGUUGAUAUAUAUUACGUUGUAGGCUUAUAUAACUUUUUGGGAACCUGGC